GACAUGUCAACGCAUCAAUCCGCAGCGAAGUAUCGUAUAUAUCCCGCGUACUGCUUUACGGCGUCGCCCACUUAUAAUGUCUGGGUGAAGCUGACCGCCGCCGAUGUGCAGGCGCUACGGACUGAGCCUCAAUACCGAAGCCAACACAUAUAUUUCAAUCUAAACUACCCGAUCCGAUAUGUGUGCAUCGUCGGCACAGUUGUUGCUAUCGAUGAUAUCAACCUGAAGUACACCGUUCUCACUAUCGAUGACGGAAGCGGCGCCACCGUCGAGGUCAAGAUCGUUCGACUGACCCCAGAUAUCUACAACUCGGUAGAAAGUCCGUCCAAUACAACUAUUGGGAAUGUCAACGUCAUCGUGCGAACGGGGUGCUUCGAAGUAACUGUGGACCACCAACAGGUCGACAUUGGGUCGGUCAUCAAAGCUAAAUGCACCAUAUCCGAGUUCCGGGGGAUGAAGCAGCUCGAGAUCAAAAGAGUUUGGAUUGUCCCUACCACCAACGAAGAAGUGCAGGCGUGGGCGGAGACCGCUGCAUUCAAACGAGAGGUUCUGUCGAAGCCUUGGCACCUCACUUCAGCGGAGCAUAAAAAGAUCAAGAAAGAGAUCAAGAGGGAGAGGAGGAAGAACCAAGAAUAUGAGAGGCUCAAAGUUGAGCAUGAAGCAAGGAGAGGAGAGCAGAAGAAGGCAUGGGAAGAGUAUAUGGAGAAAAGGGAGGCCAGGCUCGAAGCUCGGCGGCGCAAAGAGGAGGUUAUGAUGAAUGCCGGCGCCCUGAUAUGAAAACAUGACGUAUUACGGAAAAUAACUUCAUGGAUUGUUCAAACCCUACCCGAAUUCGAGUCGAGUGUCCAGUUCUGGAUAGAGUCUCUGGCUUGUUAGCCAUCUGCCUAGUUUUGGCGGAGCUACACCCGCUUUUGGGUCUUUCUGCUAAUUCAGUCUGGAGAUCCCCACGAUAUAAAUCUUGGUUAAAGUUUGCCGUUUGACUGCCGACGAUUUUCACUAAGACUGGUAAUUGCUCUCUACUUUGAUGCUUCUGGUGGAUGAGGUUAUCAAUGUCGUGGCGUCUGAUGACAACGGGGGUUGAUUCAAGUCACCGAUUCACGUCAUCCCGGCCCUAGUGGGAUGAUAUAUCGUAUCUUGUCGGAUAUUUGGGAUCUAUAUCUACUCUUUUUCGGUCUUUUUUUACCACACCUUUAUUCAACAUUCCUCCUAAUUAUUCCACAUGUCAUGCU